GCUGCUUGAGCUGCGAUUCCGUCCCCUGCGCUUUUGAUAAAGGUGCCGAGACAACCCUGCUAUGGCAGAAAAUAUGGAAGCCUCUGGACCAGUCUAUAUAUCAAAAAUGGAUGAGCCUUGGACUGGAGAAUGCUUUGACUCGAAUCAGCAGGCGUGGAUCCUUAAGGGUCACACCCUCGUGACAGCUCCACUGAACAACAGUGUGACUCCAGUCACUGUCACUGUUAUGCCACGCAAGAAUCCAGGCUCUGUUGAGGAAGACAGAGGGGUUCCCAUUUAUUUGGGAAUAGAGAAUCCAGAAAUGUGUCUGUAUUGUGAGGACGUCGGAGGACAGCCCAAAUUGCAGCUGAAGGACCAGAAAAUACUGGAUCUGUACAACCGACCUGAGCCCAUGGAGCCCUUCCUUUUCUACCAUGGCCGGACAGGCAGUACCUCCACCUUUGAGUCCGUGGCCUUUCCCGACUGGUUCAUCGCCUCCUCCGAGCAAGGCCAGCCCAUCUUUCUCACUUUGAACCUGGGGAAAAUGUACAGUACUGCCUUCCGCAUAGAUUUAGGAUUUAACUCAGCCUAGAGGUGGCAGCUUGGUCUUAUAAUUUCUCGUUCUCAGCGUGUCUUCAUCUGGAUUUUCUCAGCAUCAUUGCACACUGAUGCUGAGAGGUGGGCUUGGCCCUGUUCUCAUCUUAUUUUAUGAACGGAGAAGAAGCAAUGACCUCGUGGCACCCAAGGAAUAGAAUGUGGGCUCGAAAGCAGGAGGGAGGCAGUGACGUGUGGCUGUCCUUUCAAGCUGAAACUGUACAUCUCUCAAGCCAUCUGUACACGGACAUCGGGAUCCAAAAAACACCUGUCCCAGGGGUGGUUAUGAAGAACCACGAAUUCAGAGUUCACCCGUCUUACCCAAGAUCCUGGGACUAGCAUGGAGCUGAUCUUUGUUUUUGUUUUGCUUUGUUUCCUUUCCUAAUGGGAUUACGUUUCCCAUAAUCUCUCUAUGUUUCCAGUAUAUUGUAAGGGGUGUAAUAUAUCCUUUUAAGGGUUAGGAACUUGUAAAG